UCAAACUCCGUCCCACCACCGACUCCGCUUCCUCUAAAGUAUAGCCUAUAUAUCAUAGCUUUCUUCUCAUUCUUAGUAGUAUAUAUAUAUUAUCUGGGAGAGAAGGGAGACAGGCAUGGCGAUGGAGCUCCGGUGCGAGUCGACGGACUAUAGGACGGAGCUGCUCUCGCCGAUGAGGCCUAAAGGGGAGCCGGCGGCGGCGGUACAGAGUUGGAGGCUUAACGUAAGCGACUUCCAGAUGCCGGAGGGGCCCAAGGACCCUUCGUUUGUCUCUCGAGUGUUCCGUAGGGCCCAUGGUAAGCAAAGUAAAAUUGCGAAAUACUACAGGAAGCAAGAAAAGCUUCUACAGGGAUUCAAUGAAAUGGAAAGCAUCGCUGAAUUAGGUUGUCUAGCAGGAGCUCCUACAGAGGAUGAGCUGAGAGAACUAGCAAAGAGUGAAAGAAUGGCAAUUAAUAUUUCAAAUAUUGCCAAUUUAAUUCUUUUUGCCGCAAAAGUAUGUGCAUCUAUUGAAAGCAAAUCCUUGGCGGUCAUCGCUUCAACUUUAGACUCUUUGCUGGAUCUUCUGUCAGGGUUUAUUCUCUGGUUUACAUCAUAUGCAAUGAAGAAACCUAAUCAGUACAGCUAUCCAAUUGGCAAGAAGCGAAUGCAACCUGUGGGGAUUAUAGUUUUUGCUUCUGUGAUGGCUACACUUGGUUUCCAGGUGAUUUUAGAGUCCGGCCGAGAACUCAUUACACAGGCUCACCCUACUUUUGACCAUGAAAAAGAGAAAUGGAUGGUUGGCAUUAUGGCUUCAGUUACGAUAGUGAAGUUCGUCCUCAUGCUUUAUUGCCGCAGCUUCCAAAAUGAUAUCGUCAGAGCUUAUGCACAAGAUCAUUUCUUCGAUGUCAUCACUAACUCCAUUGGUCUAGCAACAGCUUUACUUGCUGUUAGAUUCUAUUGGUGGAUGGACCCUGUUGGCGCAAUACUGAUAGCUCUAUACACCAUAAUCACAUGGGCGAAGACUGUACUCGAGAAUGUAUGGUCAUUAGUUGGGAAAACUGCACCACCAGAUUAUCUAACAAAGUUGACCUACCUCAUUUGGAAUCACCAUCAAGAAAUCCGGCAUAUUGACACAGUAAGAGCAUAUACAUUUGGUUCUCACUAUUUCGUCGAAGUAGAUAUAGUCUUGCCUGGUAAUAUGCCUUUGAGUCAGGCACACGACAUCGGGGAAGCACUCCAGGAAAAGCUCGAGCAGCUACCGGAAGUCGAACGCGCAUUUGUACAUGUAGAUUUCGAGUUCACUCAUAGGCCGGAACAUAAGACCAAGGUCUGAAAUUAUUAAGAGUAAGAGUGAUGUUAAUAAUGAUGGCAAGUACGGUAUUUUAUACGAAACAAUGUCUAAUAUAUAUUUUUCUGAGUCUCUUUAGAGCAUUUAAAAAAAGGAGAGGGCAUUUUAAA